AUGGCCGUUUGCCGACCGUGCAAAGACACCCUGUCGCCCCUAUACCAGGUUAUCAAGAGCGUCCAGGGCAGUAUCUUGGAGAUCAUUCCAGAGCAGAUAAUGAUAAACUUCCAGGUUGAGUGCACAAGGAUCUUACGCAACUUGGAUGAUCAUAUGGGCAAUCUGUUCUGCCUGGCGAUUUUGGCAAAAAUUGCAUCAGCACCACAAUUGUUCCCAUCCGAGAAGCCGCGCUGGCUUCGAUCUAUCUGUCAAUUUUUUGAUGCCACAAGAGGUUUGAAGACAUUAGACCUGGCCUUCUUGCGUGCAAUUUUGGUCUACUCUGGGAAUAGUGUGCUAUUUUCAUCUGAGAGCGUUCAGUACCUCCAGCUUGUGAAGGAAAUUUGUGAAGCUGUGGAACCCACACAGAAAACUCUUUGGCUAACCGCUAACAAACCAAAGAUUAUCAAACUAUGCGAGAAGGUCAUCAAGUCAGCUGCCAGUCUAGAAGUCCAGAUGAUGGGCCUUGGCUUCCUUGUCUCAUUUGUUCCUGCGGAAAUGCUCCCAAAUCAUGUUGUGGAGUUGGUCCAACAAAGGAUUUUGUCGGAAGAUAGCAAUCGUGUUCUUUACGAUACACCCGCUGACUACCUUUCGCUUUUGAUCCAAAACGUUUCACCUAGGUUUGACCAGCCGACAAUCUCCCGAUGCAUUGCUUAUAUUAUGAUGCACUUGGAUGAUUUUUCGUUUAGUACUGAUAUACAUAUGGUCAAUGUCGGUAUGGCGAGGUCAAUGCUAUCUGGACUCGCCAAAAAAUCAGAGUCUUCUAGCAGCCUAAAGGCGUCUAUCAAAGCCGCUCUUCUUGCUAUCGACAGGGAGAAGAUGAAAUUCCAGUGCGGCGCAAUACGACCUUCCCCGGAUCAUAGUCAGUGCGGGCAAUGCAGGAUCUGCCCCGUUGCAGCAUCUUUGAGGUCGAAUUACUUGUCUCUCGAAUUGGGCGCUUUGGUUUUAAAUCUAUUCAAUACCAGCCCUCCGACGGAAUCCUCACAGCAACUUUCGUUUCUAUGGGAAAAGACUCUAAUCAAUUUAAAAUCUUCACUUGAAAUAUCUUAUCCACUCUCUCGAAUUCCUCCUAAGGUUGGUGACGGUUCAGUCCAUGGAAUGGCACGAGACCAGUACGCACCCGAUGCAAGCCGGGACUGGAGGUCAAAACUUUCCCAACAUUUACAUCAAUUGUCUGAUCUUUCAUAUUCUGAAGUUGUUCGCCAAGUUCAGGAUGUCUGUCAAGAUUUUGAAAUGCGAUGUGAGAAUGUUGAAGCCCCGCUCCGGUCCAUGAGCGCUGAGAUGGAAGGCCUGGCCGCAAAAUGUGAAGCGGCCAAGUUGGAAUGCGAAAAGCUGACAAAUAAAACAACUGAAGAUGCGGAAUUGAUUGCGAGGCUGAGGAGUGAAAAUGAUGAUCUUUGCCUUGAUGUGGAGCGUCUAGCAACAGACUUGAAAUCUACUAAAGCGAACCUCCAAGAUUCAAUACAAACCAACCAGAAGGCGAUUCACUCAGCUCGAGAAAAGGCACAAGAUUUGGAGAUUAGAUACAGCGCAAUUAUUGCGGCAAAGGACGACGUGAUCGAAGAGUUGCGAGAGAGGACUGAACAAUUAAAUCUUGAAAAUGACAAGCUGGAAGCCCUCAGACAGGAGGCAUUGACUUCAACUCGAGAAGCCCAGUCCGAAACCAAAGAGCUACAGGGCAUAAUUGCUGCGAAAGAGGAAUUAUGCCGCAACCAAGAAUCAAUAAUCAACACUUUGCAGGGGGAGGCACUAACACUGAAUUCGAGUUUAGAGAAAGCAGAAGGCCUCCUCAAGCAGAAGACCUCUCAAUGUCUAAUGUUUGAGGAGAAAUGCCAGGUCGACAGCGAAUCGUAUGAACGUGCUGUCGAAACGUUGAAAGAGUGCCACGAGACGGAGGUAUCGCGAUUGAACGACGAGAUGUCGGUUAUGAGAGCAUCUCAUUUGGAAGAACAACAAACAUGGGAGACGACGUUAGAAACCGUAAAGCUCAAGGCGAGCCGCGCAGUUAAAGAAAAAGGCAAGAAAAUCGAAUCCUUAGAGUAUCAGUUGAGCGCUUUGAGGCAAGAAUAUGGCGAGAAAGCUCGUGAAAUGGCGAAAGCCCAGGAAUACAGUAACAGACUAAUGGCGGUUUUCAACCCCAGCCAUCCGGCCGUUCCAACACACUUCGAACCCUUACAUGGGCCACAAGGGUCGGGAAACGCGCGCUCUGGGUAUACUGACAGAGAAGCAGAGAACAUGAGCUUGACAACCGAGUCUUUUGGGCCGAUUAACUCAACGGCACCGAGUCCCACGCCAAAACGCCGAAGGAAUGCCCAAAGGCGGUCGAUGGGGCCUGUCGGCUCCGUGAAUAACAAGAAAUCUGAAGCUGGGCGGCCUCGUAAGCGGCUCAGCAAUCUUUCGUCAACACCUCCAGCUUCCAGGCAGCCGCUGUUGCAGCUCAAUACCAACAGUCCAGUCAAAGGCCGGAACCGUUCCUCGCCAAGUAAAAUAAUUGAUGGCGAUGGGCAACACCUCAGCUUCGAAGAGAACUCGGUCCAGGAAGAUAUUUCCACGUUUUGA